AUAUCUGCAAUCUCUAAUUAAAAAAAAAAGAGAAAAGAAAUUAAAAAAACGCUGGCGUCCCUAUCCCCCUACCGCCCGCGCCCAGAUAUUUUGUUCCUGCGUGCUUAUCUUCUUCCAGUUUCCACCGCUCCUUCUAUCUUCAACCUGAGCCGUACCAUUCUGGAGGAUUCUCAAAGUGCAUUUCUCCCUGCUCGUUCUCUGUCUGGUCGAGCAGCCCCUCCCUGAAGUUUUUGCCCAUGGCGCUCAGCGCCCAGGUCCUCUGUGCCCUCCUUGUUUCUCCUCUCCCUCGAUCCCAUGGCGGUCGCUCGGUCGCUCGGUCUCCAAGCUCCAGCCGCGCCCCUGGUUCCAGCCAUGGCACUCCUUCAAGCUCGGUUCUUCUCUCUGCGCAGGAUCCUCUCCCAUGGCGAGCUGCCGGCGCUGUUCCCUGUGCGUCCGUCGCUCUGCCCUCUGCUCAGAUUCCAUCGGACCGCGCCCCUCUGCUCUGUUGCCGCGAGCAGCCGCGCCCAGCUCUGCUCCUCUCUCCCUUGCCGCGGAGCUCCUGUGCGCGCGCUGUUCCUGCUCGCCGAGCGGUUCUCUGCCCUGCGCGCCGUGCUCCCUGCUCUCCCUGUGCGGCUCCCCAAGUCCGGUGCCCAGCUGUGCUCGCGAGUUUCUCCUCCGCGCGUCCUGCUCGCUCUCUGCCUGUUUCCAUGGCGUCCUGUUUUCUGCGCGCGUUUCUCGGCGCCCGACUCCCUCUACUCGGACUGCGGCAUCCCUGCUCGGAGCUCCCUGAUGCCGAGCCCAUCUCCCAGUCCAUGGCCGCGCGCAGCUGCUGUGCUUUGUGCGCACGCCGUGCUUCUCUGCCGGUGCCCAAUCCUCCCUGCUCGUGCCGUCGUCGAAGCUUUUGGAUGCGCGCGCCCAGCUGACCUUCCUGUGUCGCGCCCCGACUUUGCCCAACGCCCCGUCGAGCUCCUCUGCCGAGCGCCGUGGAGCCUGCGCGCUCGGUUCUUUCCAGUUCGUGUACUGCUCGACUUUGCGUCGCGCGCGCAGCGUUCUGUUGUUCCUGCGCGUGCUGCCGCGAAGCUCCCUGUUCAGUUCGCCUUCGUCGCGUUGUCGUGCGCACGAAACUGCUCGCAGUCGAUAUCGAGUCUGUGACGCGCGCGCUGGACACGGUAAAGCGUUGCGUGUGCUUGUGUCCGAACCCGCCCGACCGUGACCUCGUUUUGCUCCUCGUGUCGCUGCUCGCCGAGUACUUCCUCAGUCCGCGCCAUAAAAUUCGCUCGGCCACAGCCUCGAUGAACUGCGAAACUCCCUCGUCGUGCGCUCUGGCAUCGGCUAUCGCCGAUUUCGCCAUUGAGUUCGCAAGCACUCCUUGUUUUGUUCGUCUCGCCGUGGGCGACUUCUCUACGCUUCAAAUCCGUGUUGCUCGCCCCGCAUACGCUCACUUCUCAUCCAUCGGGUUUUGUGCGUGCUCGCGUUUGUCGUCGAGCUGUUGAACCCGUCAUCUCUGGCUCGAUCCCCACCUCACCAGCUCGCUCCAGACUUCAAUUGAAGGUCGUCGUCGAUCCGUGCGUCAUCAAGAAAUUCCAAGAGUCAAGUGAAGACGGAGCCAGCAACGUGAUAUUCACCAAGUGCGCGACAAAAAGCUCGAGCCAGGAUUUAUCAGCAUUCGUAUGAGAUUUGGGUCGCGUUUGAUGCUGGUACGUUUAUUGACCACGUGAUGCGAAGAACUAAAGCUGAGUCGACCCCAAGAUGACGUAAUGGGUGGACUAAUUCACAAGAUGAUGCUGGUGGAUUAACCUGAAGAUGGAUAAUCGGAACAAGUAUCAGAACAAAGGAUGAUCGCCAAGUGGACAUCAUCUAACAAACACUAACGUAGUGUUUAUUCCAGGCAAGCCCCGGUGCAUGCAACCCCUUCCUUGUGUUUUUAAAUAAUUUUUGCACACUUUAAGUCUAGUGAAAUGUGCAUUAGGUUUAUAGGAGUUGCUUGGAACCCUUUGAUGCAUUGCCUUCCUUGAUAUCCAUACCUUUAUAGAUACUUCUGGUGAAGUAUCAAAAUAUGAUUUACAAAAAUGCUUAGCCCUGCUCAGAUCUUAUGGAUAGAGGUUGUCUUUUGCAUUAAGGCCUAGCUCAGGGGUUAUCCUGAGGAAAGAUGGCUUCUACCUGCAAGAAUAUUUUCAUUGAGAGCGUGGUGGGAUCUUACUGCAAAGUUCCCUUUGAUGCUCUUUUCAUCCUAGGAACAUAAACAAUCCUAAGGAUGGAAGUACUUAAAUCGGGACUUGGGCUAGGAACAGGUGAUGCUCCGCCUAGGUUAGUUAAGGAUUGGAUGCGUAUGUAGGCCUGUUGAUCAAGGACUAUCUUAACUAGCCACAUGCCCUGGAAAUGGGACAGGGUAAGCUUGAACCCAGCUAUUCCAUACAUGAAAAGACAAUCGCGCACUGGGAGUGGAGAGAUGGCGAGAGUGGCACGUACCCUCCUGGCAAAGGACCGCCUAAAAAGGGUGGUGUGCUCUCGGGUGGCGCGGACCUAUUCAUGCAGUAGAGGAUCCGUGGGAAUGGUAGACAUGCAAGGUUUAUGAGAAACAUAUGUCGUGUGGUUAGAGAUCCUCAGCUGAGUAAAUCGAUUCGGAUCGCCGUUAUAUCCCCGGAGAGUGGAGACUUGAUCUCCGACCUACAACCUAAGUCAGGAUGUGAACAUUAUGAAUAAAAAUGAUGUUGUAUUGAUGAGAUGGUGAAAUUAGACUAGAUGCAAACAGAGUCUAUUAAUAUUUAAUCUGACGUUAAAAUAUUGAAAGAAAGGACUCACUUUAGUAAGCUAUUUCUGCAAAAGUAUCUAAAUUGAUUCUUGCUAAAGCCUCUCCUUGAUUCCCAAAUCUAGCAUAUCCUUGAGAGUCUUUUCUUUAGUCGGGUAAGUCUUGCUGAGUAAUUCCAUACUCAGGGUUUUAUUCCCUGUUGUUUUUCAGGUUUUAAUUUUGUGCUGCUGUUGAUGGUGUUAAGUGCCGGUGGGCUCGGCCUUCUUAUAAGUCUAAGUACUUCUUCUAUACUUCUUAAUGAGGAUGGUCACUUGAGCUAGCAUAUAUUUCAAACUUAUACUUUUGUAAUCACUCCGAUAAAAUAAUGUAAAAUUUUUGUAACCUGUAAAAUUUGGUAAUAAGAUUUCCGCUGCAAAAAUGUUGUGUGUGUGAUUUGUGUUACUUAAUCCCGCGGUUCUGGUUGUAAGUGGUUUAUCCGAUGUCCUUGGGCAAUCGAACGGAUUCUGUUAAGUUAUCUAGUGCACAUGCAUAGCUGUCUGAGGUCUUUGAGACAAGGACAGGUGCAUGUGGGCCCAAUAACUUGGGAGGUUCUGCCACA